ACAGGAAUGUUUUAUGUAGAGCAGAGACUUGAUCAGAUUAAUGUGUUGAAAGAUCACCUUAGCAACAACAUGGGAAAUGAAUUGGAGGAGGCAAGAAUGGGAAUGAGACCAGUUAGGAAGUUGUCGCUCUAGUCCAAGGAUAGAGAGAGGAUACUGAAGCCCUGAACUGGGAAAGUAGCUAUAGCGAUGAAGAGAUGGGUGCCAUGGAUCUGAGUAUAUUCAAGAGGUAGAGUGGGUCAGACAGUGACCAUAGAAGGCGAGGGAUCAGUGUGAGAGAGCUGGCAAGAAUCACUCCCAGGAUUUUGGUCUGGUGCAAGGGGAAGAUUAGAGGCAUCAUUCGGUCUUCUAGAUGCCUUCUUGAGCCUGCUUGUGGCCACCCACAGACACUUGUAAGGAGGAGAGAAGCCAGUCUGGCAGAGACCUUCUGAAAUGAGGGAUUAGAGGCUGGGAUCCAAGGAGGAAGACCUGCCGGAAGACAAGGGAGCAGUCCCUGAAGACACUUCUACUGAGAGGUCUGCCAUGGCCUCUCUUGGCCUCCAGCUUGUAGGCUACAUCCUGGGCCUUCUGGGGCUAUUGGGCACCCUGGUUGCCAUGCUGCUUCCCAGCUGGCGAACAAGUUCUUAUGUCGGUACCAGCAUUGUGACAGCAGUCGGCUUCUCCAAAGGCCUCUGGAUGGAGUGUGCCACGCACAGCACAGGCAUUACCCAGUGUGACAUCUACAGCACCCUUCUAGGCCUGCCUGCUGACAUCCAGGCUGCCCAGGCCAUGAUGGUGACAUCUAGUGCCAUCUCCUCGUUGGCCUGCAUUAUCUCUGUGGUGGGCAUGAGAUGCACAGUCUUCUGCCAGGACUCCCGAGCCAAAGACAGAUUGGCAGUAGUGGGCGGAGUGUUCUUCAUCCUUGGGGGCCUCCUGGGUUUCAUCCCUGUUGCCUGGAAUCUUCAUGGGAUCCUGCGGGACUUCUACUCCCCACUGGUGCCUGACAGCAUGAAAUUUGAGAUUGGAGAGGCUCUUUACUUGGGCAUUAUUUCCUCCCUGUUCUCCCUUGUGGCUGGAAUCAUCCUCUGCUUUUCCUGCCCACCCCAGGGAAAUCGCUCCAACUACUACGAUGCCUACCAGGCCCAGCCUCUUGCUACCAGGAGCUCUCCAAGGCCUGGCCAACCACCCAAAGUGAAGAGUGAGUUUAACUCCUAUAGCCUGACAGGGUAUGUGUGAAGAAGCAGGGGCCAGAGCUUGGGGGUGGCAGGGUCUGUGAGAACCAGUGGACAGCCGCCCAGGGCCACAGGUGAGGGACAUUGCCACUGGAUCGUAUCAGAAGGUGCUGCUGAGGAUAGACUGACAUUGGCCACUGGAUCAAGCAAAGGCAGAAAUGGGAGCCGGUGUGACAGCAUGCAGGUUGAAUUGUCAAGAUGUUUGCCAAGCCAGCCUUUCUGUUUCCUUCACCUUGACACCCCCCACCCACACUUCCUACCCUGAGUCCCCGACCCUCAAUUCCAAACCCCAACUCCCUAGAGUCUCUAGGCCUAGUGGGAAAUCAGCCAGUCCCAGAGGUUCUCCUCUGCCCUUUGGUUUACUUGGAAAUCCAUCCAAAGCCCUACUAAUCACAUCCCAUGGACUGACACUCUCUGUGAUGAAAGACCUUCCCUCUGGCUGAGGUUGGCUCUUAGCUCAUUGCUAGGGUAUGGGAGGAGAAGGUGGAAUGGUGGCUUUCAUGAGCCUGACUCUAGCCAACUUCACAAGACUCCCUCCAAAAAAACUGAUUGGCCAGUAAUGGGCCCUGAAACCUCUAUCCCACUCUUGUUGUGACUCCACAGUGUCCAGACUGGUUUGUGCACGGACUGAAAUAAAGCCAUCCCAUGGGACUGAGGGAACAAAGAGCAACUGAGUACAGGAUGAGAGGGUGGGAAGGCACCACAGACCAAAAAAGACCAGAAACACUGCCCAGGGCAUUUCCCAGAAUCUCUUCUUACUUGUGAGUUGGGGAUCUAGCCCCCCGCUAGAGGAAAGUACGAAGCCGGUAAAGUAGAAAGCUCCAGGCAGCAGCAGACUGAUUCCACGGAGGAACUGCCUCAGAGGCUGCAGCCCUAGCUUUCACUGCAGCUCGUGCCUCCCUCCGACCUGGCCUCCUACAAAACAAGGCUAAGGGCACUACAAAAUGGUUUCCUUAGGAAGGCAAAACUAGUUUUUCUAGAGAUGACCUUAGCUGGGGGAUGACCACGUGGGAGCUGUGGGGUACUGAGGAAGAUGCCACUCCAUGAUGCUGUCCGAGAAACAAUAAGAAGUUUUGUAUUUAAGAAGCAGGGUGGGCAUAUGGUGGCUCCAGUGGGUGCUUCUGCUGGGCCAGAGAGAGGCAGCUACCCAGAGAGUCUCUAGGCCUAGUGGGAAAUCAGCCUAAAGGCGGAAAUCGGGCCCCUGGGGUCUACCCACAGAGCAUUACAGAGCCUCUGAAAGACCACAGCACCAGGUGGGUCCCCUGUGACCCUUCAUACUCCCCCCACUCUGUUUUCACUAGACAUUCCAGAGUUGCUAGGUGGCAUCCAAGGGCUCCAGCAUGGACUGAUCGUACCCACAGUGCUGUGUCCCUGAUCUGAGUGACAGCUGAACUGCUGCCUGGAAUUCCAGUUGAGGUAGGGGGAGUAGAGAAUGGUUCUCAGGCAGAGAGUUCCAACUCCAAGGUCUGAAAAAUGCUCCAUUUUCCCUGGGAGUGUGGGUGGGGGUCAUAAACAAACCAGAGCCAUUUUUCCCACACACCAGUCUAAGCAUGACCAGCUCGGACAAACUCCAGUGUACCUCCCCAAACCUCAGAGCCAGCAAAAGGGGCCCGUUCAUGAUCUCUAACCUGCCUUCCGUAGUUCCUCCUUCUUGCCUGUUUCAGCUGUUCUCCUGAGCUGGAGGGCCCUCUCCCCUGAGCCGAGCCUCCCUCAUGCUGGGAGAGCUUGUUCAGCACCACCCCCUCAGUGAGCCUCCUCUGACCACUCCAUCCCUUUCCUAUCCCUCCCACCUCCAACCCUCAAUGUGUUCAUUUCUUCUUUAAUGCUUAUCAUUCACAAUUUUUGAUGGAUAGUUAUAUUUUCAUGUGUGUGUAUCUGAUUUCACAAGUACAUUGUAAACUCUUGGAGGUCAGAGACCCUUAGACCUCUCUGUAUCCCCCAGACUACCUGUA